AUGUUUCGCCGUUUCGUCGUAACGAGGUAUUUCUCAAUUACGACGAUCCCGGACGAAACUCGAGCAGCUUUGCUAAAGCCGUAUACAUUUUAUACUCUAUUUACCGAAGUUUUCUUAAGCAAGUCAAACAUGGUACAUCUAUCUGAGGAAAAGUUCGGAACAUUUAAAAAUGAACCGGUGAAGAAAUUCAUUUGGUAUACUGAGAGUGGUCUAUCUGUUUCUGUCAUAUCUUAUGGAGCUAUCAUACAAUCUAUUCGGGUACCCGAUAAGAACGGUGAAACAAAAGAUGUUGUACUAGGAUUCGAUGACUUAGAAGGGUAUGUGAGCAGGAAUACACCAUACUUAGGCGCAACAGUAGGCCGCUGCGCCAACAGGAUUGGUGGGGCCUCUUUUCAGAUAGAUGGAACAAAAUAUGAGGUCGCAAAGAAUAUUGGGAAAGAUCAUUUGCAUGGUGGUAUUGUGGGUUUUGACAAGGCCAACUGGAACUCAACAGUAGAUGGAAACAGGGUGAUAUUUAGUUACUUAUCCAAAGAUGGCGAAGAGAAUUACCCAGGGAACCUGAUCACCAAUGUAAUAUACGAAGUCAAGGAUGACGAACUGCACGUUCAGUUUGUCGCUACUACUGAUAAGAAAACUGUGGUCAACCUGACUAAUCAUUCGUACUUCAACCUAGCUGGUCACGACGCGGGUGCUGAUGGCUUAUUUGACCAUGUCAUAAUGGUGAAUGCUGAUCGAAUAACAGAGACAGACGAAGGCUCGAUUCCGACCGGCAAAUUUUGCGAUGUCGGUGGAACAUCUUUUGAUCUUCGCGUACCCAUACGCCUGGGAGACGCGAUGAGCAAAGGCGACAAGCUGUUUGACGACAAUUUCUGCAUCUCGCGUUUUGGAAACGAGGGCUUAACCUAUACCUCGCGAGUAAGUCAUCCAAAAUCUGGGCGAUAUCUGGAAGUAUACACCAAUCAACCUGGAGUUCAACUGUACACUGGUAAUUUUCUUCCGUUUCCCACUGAGUCUGCGCUGGUCGGCAAAAACGGUAUAGGGUACCGGCGACAUGGUGCGUUUUGCUUGGAGACCCAAGACUUUCCUGAUGCAGUGAAUCAUAAAAACUUCCCCAACGCCAUUUUAACGCCUGGACAAAUGUACGACCAUAAAGUGGUCUAUAAAUUCGGGGCUGAGAAAAAUAAUAGUCCCAGCGUAAUGUCUGUGUAA